UGCCAGUCCCCCGUCGCCCAUAUGUCUCGAACUUGUGCAUAGCCCAUUCGACCACACUAAACUACAUACGCACACGCCUUUUUGAAUAUCAACAACCACAAUGCGCGUCACUCGCGCUGCGCAACGCGCCCAGGAGGACAUGGAGGAGGACGUCGCGGCACCCGAGGUCAGCGAACGCGCUUUGAAGGACAUUGAGCCGAACGCAACACCCGCAGCACCGACUGAAGAGCCUCUGUCUGCAAAGACACCAGCGAAGACGCCAGCAAAGAAGGGGAGAGGCAAGGGGAAGAAGGGCGCCAAGGGUAAGAAGGCGAAGUCAGAGGGAGAGGCGGUACAAGUCGUUGGGGAGGCAGAGCGACAAGCAGCCGCAAGCCCAAUAAUCAACGAAGCUGCGGGGCAAGAACCAGCCCAGGAGCACACGGACGAUACUACCCCAGCUCACAACGGCGACGAGCAGCCUGAUGUUCCGCAAACGCCAGCAGUUAGACUCACGCGCCGCCAGCAAGCGAAACUUGAGGAGGAAGAAGCACCUGGCAAAUCACAUCGCGUGCUUUCGCCUCAGCCGGAAGAGAGGAACGAAGAUGUCGCCGGCGAAGGAGUGGAGCAGGCUGAAGUCGAUCUUAAAGUGGAGGCCGAUGCUGCUCCCGUGGAGAACAAGACACUCGCAGCACACGAGGAACAUGCCGAGGUCGAACCACAAACAGCACGAAAGCCUACAAGACGGACACGACGUCAACAAGUAAAAAUCGAAAAGGAGCAGCCGGAAAAGACAAUCGCUCAAGAUGCCACAGAACAAUCUGGAGCGUCUGAAGUGUCCGAAGCGCCUGAGGCGCCUGUCGAAGCAGCAAAUAUUGUUGUGGAGAAUGGAACACCAGCGGUGAUGGAACAGAUCAAGAAGGUCGAGCAUGAACUAACGCCGAAACCUGUCCGACUCACACGACGUCAACAAGCAAAGCUCGAUGAGGAACAGAAGCAAGCGCAGGUCGAGCAGCAAACACCACAACCCGGGCCAACCGAAGAGGAGGUGCUCGAAGAGAUAGUAGAUGAAGCGCAGGCUGAGGCUCAAGCGGCAGCUCAGCAAAAACAUAUGGUAUCUGGUAAGCCCGCUCACGGAGAGAUAGACAAGAUGGAGGACGUUGCACCGGCGGUUGCAACAGAACCGUUGGGUACACAAGAAGAAGGGGUGACAGAACCGCAAGACGAGUCAGUUCAGAUUGGAGUGCAGGCUGUUGAAGAAAAAAUGACAUCAGAGGUCCAAGCUGUCGAGGCCGAGGCUGCUGAGGCCUUUGGAGUGGAGGAGAUCAUCCAUGAAGCCAGGCCAGCAACAUCCACAGCAGAUGAUUUCGAGACAGACUUCAAUAUGCAGGUUGACAGCGUAGUCCCUGAAGAGGCCAUCCCUUCUGUCGAGAUUGUACCAGAAGCAGAGCCUAAGAUGCUGCAUGCUGAGAAGCCAUUCGAAGGGACUGUAUCAACCCCGACCAAGAAUCAAGGGUCCAUCAGACGCACUUCAAGAAGCCUGUCCAGGUCUCCAAUGCGUCUCGAGGAGUCUAUUUCAGCCAUUGAUAGACUGGAAGAGGAUCUCGAAUCUAUCGGCAAAGUCAUUCCGGAUCUCGAUCACUCUGAUGAGGAACACUCUCCAAAAAAAUCACCGUCACAGAGUGUUUCUGCAGCGUCAACCACGAGAAAAAAGACGUCUGCCAAAGCCUCUGCUCGAACUCCGGCCAAGGUUGAAAUCAUGAAGCCUGGUAUGAUACCAGCCAAGGCACCCAUCCCCACUAGGGCACCAGUUGCUGCCAGAGCGUCAAUUGCCCCCAAAAAAGCAGUUACUGUCAAGCCAGUUCUUCCUACAAGGAUCUCGAGAGUACCAAGUGCAGCCCCUAAGAGCGUUGAGUCUACCAUGACGUCACUCGCCCGUGCGUCCAGUGUUUGUACGGUACCAGGCAAGGAUAUUGGGAAGCCUUUGAUAGAGACAGCUGACUAUCUGGCAUCUAAGCGUCGCCCUAUCAGUCUAUCAUUUCCUACACCCCCGCCUCCGCCGAAAGGCAGGGCACCAACGAAGCCGACUUUCCAGUUGUCGAGCGACAAUGUAGCGGCGAAGCUGAGGGCGCAGAGGGAGGAACGUCUGAAGCGCGAGGCAGAAGGUACAGCUGCGCCCAAGCAGCGACCGAUCAGUAUGCCACCACCGCCCAAAUCGACAAAGCCUACUACAAUUCCGAGCUUCCAGCUUCCUGGCGAGGCGACAGCAGCAAAGCUCAAGGUUCAAAAGGAAGAGCGCCUGAAGCGCAUGGAGGAAGCGGGGGGCGUGGGUAAGCCUGCUUCACGACCGAUUAGCAUGCCCCCACCACCCAAGUCGACGAAGCAACUUACCAAGCCCAGCUUCCAACUGCCAGGCGAAGCGACUGCAAUACGCCUCAAGGCAAAAAAAGAAGAACGCUUGAGGCGCAUGGAAGAAGCUGAAGCUGCGAAGAAAGCAGCCGCAGCCGCAGCAGUCCGGAAACACAUCGCCCACCGACCACGAGAUUCACUGCUAGUCAGAGACGCACCGGGCAUCAGCAUCCUGCCUCCGCCGCAGUCUGAUGCUCCGCAGCGCUCAACUUCUCUUGCCAGCAAGCGCAGCAGCAUCAUCGAUGUCUCCGCUUCGCGCUCGACGUCCACCUCGUCAGCGAACCGCAACAGUGUUCUGCUUGCCGAAGGCGGCAAAUCAACAGUCACUCCCCUCGAUGCUGCUGCGCUCAAGGUCAAGGGCAAGCACGUUUUCAAUCGGGACAGAAUGGAAAAAGAAGCCUUGGAGCGCGAGAGGAGGGAAAAAGAAGAAGCCGCCAAAAGGGCGCGAGCUGAGGCUGCAGAGCGAGGUAGGAUUGCAUCGCGUGAGUGGGCUGAGAAACAGAGGAAGAAGGUGAUUGGUCAGUGAGCAACCUGCUUGAUGAAUUGGCGGGUUUUUGUGUCUCGAUACGGUGUUCUGGCUUGGGUAUAUCCGCAUCCUGGGUUCUAGCGUUGUUUGCUUGGAUAUGUAGUCCCAUCAGAUUACCUUCCAUCCGCGGGUCAAUGAGACUCGCCUUCAAACGGAG